AAGAGAGCCGAAUCGCUGUGGUUGCAUUACACAAAAUAGGUAUGGAGCCAAAUGCUAUUUUUAAACCUCUCGAUACGCUUAGUAUUAGUAAAAUGUUUGUGUACCGGGCUCUUAAUCUUUUUCUAUCACAACGAGACCUCCUCUGUUUGUGAUAGAAAAAGAUCUGACCGUCCACAUAGUGUUCGUACGAAAAAGUUCAAAUCAGUAAGGGAAAGAAUUCGGAGAAAUCCUGUCCGAAUCCACUGGAUUGUGAUUUAUGGUCCAUGAUAAUUUGGAGUCCCUAACAAUCCGUACAGAAGUGAAGCACGCAGUGAAGAAUUUUCCCAAAGAAAAAAGAGGGACGAGAUUUGAGUAGAUUGGAUUGAUUUUGGGACAAGUAGUGACCUCUGUCUUCAUCAUCAUUCAUGCUUGCAUUACUGGUCCCAGACUCUUCGAAGAGUCAGGCAAGCGCUAUAAUAUUAUCGUGAGCACACACAUAUUCAAAUGAGGUUCAAGAUAUAACAAGCGUUACUAUGUUUGUUCAGUUCACUGUGGCUUCAGGAUCCAUUUGUGCAAUAUUAUGCAGCCUUUUAUUGCCUAAAACGUUUGGUGAACUUAUGUCAUUAUUACUUUUCAUGUCUACUUAUGCGGUUGUGGUGAUUCUAGAGAUUUUUAUUCCUUCUUACCUAGAAACACAGCUCCGCUAUCGAAGUCAAAAACUAGUCAACGCAGCUUACUGCUCGGAGUGGAUAGCUAGAUCAGAAAGUUUUAAGCGAAGCCUUAAGCUUUUCAUGUUACGGGCCAACAAUCCCAUCGACUUCAGUGGAUGUGGACUUUUUCCUUUAACCUUGGAUACGUUUACUUCGCCAAAAACAUUUGGUGCGCUCAUGUCUAUGCUACUUUAUAUGUCACCAUAUGCAUUUGUGAUGAUAUUACAAAUAUUUGUACCAGCUUACCUAGGCACGCAACUGCGCUAUAGGAGUCAAGAUCUAGUCAACGCAGCUUACUGCUCGGAGUGGAUAGCUAGAUCAGAAAGUUUCAAGCGAAGCCUUAAACUUUUCAUGUUACGGGCCAACACUCCUAUCGUCUUCAGCGGAUGUGGACUUUUUCCAUUAACUUUGGAUACGUUUACUUCGAUAAUGAAAACCGCAUAUUCAUUUUUCACGGUAGUGAGAAAUGUCCAAAGUGCCGAAAAGUAAUAUAUUCAAUUAAUAUGUAUUUAUGUAUGCCAUUCUUAUAUAUAAGUGCGUCCUCGUCUUUAAUAUCAAAACCGUUUAGAACAACAUAGGUUAUAUUGCCCAUAAUUAAAGGACACGGCUGAAUUCUAUUAGACCGCCUUAUAACACCGCCUCUUAUGACAUCGCUUUGUAUAUAUAUAUAUCUGUAAGCGAUGUAGCGCUGACUACUGAUAUUUUCAGAGAAUUAUAUCUGUUAGAUACGUCAUGUAUUGAUAACAUUUGAAUAUGUGAGGGCAGUAUCUCCUUUCCACAUCUGGCACACUAAAGACAUUAAGAUCGCAAAAGCAAAGGAAAACGACUCGAGUUUAGAGUAUUGUAUUUCUCAGAAACAAAAUAUUCGAGUAUUUAUAAUCGAAGCCCAAAGCCUUUCUCAUUUCCCUUCAAUCAGUUUGUUACUUAUCUGAACACAAGACGCACCAAAACAUAUUGUUGAGUUAUAAAAAGAAAGUUAGAAAAAGAAAACAAAUUACUAUAUAAGACAAAUCGCAUAUUAUAUCAAAGCUUGAGAUUGGAAUUCUCAACAAAGGCUUGGCCGCGAAAUUUGGUGUAUGACACUAUCACACAAAAAAAAUUGAAACAUUUUAGGAGAACAAUUUAUUAAAAAUGAAACGAGCAAGAACAACGAAGCAUACGAAGAUUGAGGAAGAUUUGCUAAAGUGGUUUAAAUAUUAAAGGACGAAUAAUGUGCUAAUAAAUAGACCAAUUCUUCAAAGAAAAGCAAACGAUUUUGUUCAGCGUUUUGGUGAAGAAGUCGUUUCCUCGUCCAGUCGGAUUCAACGUUUGCAGGCACGGUAUCAUCAGCGGAAAACGGGGACAUGCAGGUUUCCCACAACUCUUGACAAUAUCCUCAGAUGAUGCGACUGAUGAUGAGGACGAUAUUACUUUGGCUCAAUUGGCCCAAAAUUUAAGAGCUGCUUUUUUUUUGAAGCUGAGGCUUCAGUAGAAGAUAAAGCAGUUUAUUAAUGAAGAAGAAACUACUGAAGAAUAUAGUAUUGUCUUUUGUUAACAUAGCUUUUACACAUUAAGAGAACAUUUUUUAAACGGAUUGAAGCUAUGUAUUAUUAUUAAAAACUUGUAAUUAUUUACAUUAUUUAAAAUUAUUUUAAAAUUUACUGAAGAAUAUAUUUUAUAAGUGCAACAGGAAAAUGAAAAACUGGAUUAUACCGAAGAACAAUUUACAGAGCCAACUUUGAAUGAUGGUGUCUCAAUGCUGUAUAUUACGAAAAAAAUACUUUUUAAUAAACAGUGUGUGACGUGCGGGGCAAUUAUGACAAUACUUUAAUUAAAAUUCAGCGUGAAUUACAAAGUGCGUACGUACGUACUACAGAAGUGUUUCAAACAAACCAAAAUAACAGAUUUUGUCAAUGUAGAUGUUUUCUA